GUUUUCUUCCUCCUCCAAACAAGUAUUCUUAUUUAAAUUAAAAUGAGCUCUUAUUUUGUCAACUCACUCUUCUCCAAAUACAAAACCGGGGACUCCUUGCGUCCCAAUUACUAUGACUGUGGGUUCGCUCAGGAUCUUGGGGGCAGACCCACGGUGGUGUACGGACCCAGCACGGGGGGCACCUUCCAGCAUCCGACCCAAAUCCAGGAGUUCUACCACGGAGCAUCCUCACUUUCCAGCUCCCCUUACCAACAGAAUCCCUGCGCCGUGGCGUGCCAUGGGGACCCCAGCAACUUCUAUGGCUACGACCCCUUGCAAAGGCAGAGCCUCUUCAGCGCCCAGGAGUCGGACUUGGUGCAGUACACGGACUGCAAGCUUGCUGCCAGCGGCCUUGGAGAGGAGGCGGAGAGCUCGGAACAGAGCCCUUCUCCGACCCAGCUUUUCCCUUGGAUGCGACCGCAAGCCGCUGGACGGAGGAGGGGGAGGCAAACCUACAGCCGCUACCAGACCCUGGAACUGGAGAAGGAAUUUCUAUUUAAUCCCUACCUGACCCGCAAACGGAGGAUCGAGGUCUCGCAUGCCCUGGGAUUGACAGAAAGGCAGGUCAAAAUCUGGUUCCAGAACAGGAGGAUGAAAUGGAAAAAGGAAAACAACAAAGACAAGUUUCCCAGCAGCAAAUGCGAGCAGGAAGAACUGGAAAAACAGAAAAUGGAAAGAGCCCAGGAGGUGGACGAGGAAGGGGAAGCACAGAAGGCGGACAAGAAAUAAAAGGAUUUUUAAGGACUGAAAGGCAAGCUCUGCUGGGGUGGAAGAGCCCCUGAGCCCCACGUUAAUGGCAGUUAAUGUAAGAGAGGGGUGGGGGGAAAAAACAAUGCAUAGAAAAAAGAGAAAGGGAAAAAAAAAAAAACAACCCACCACCCUUUUAUUGCUGUAA